AUGCCUAAGAAUCCACUCACUACAAUUCUUGAGGCUAAUAAAUUUAAUAGAACAAACUACAAUGAUCGGCUGAGACAUCUUAGGAUUUUCCUAGAUUUUGAGAACCAGACCUAUGUUCUGGAUAGGUCUCUUCCUAAGGCCUUGCCGGAAUGGUCCACAUUUGAAGAGCGUUUCAUGUUCGAAAAGUGGCAUGAGGACAACCGGCAAGUUCGCAAUAUCGUACUGGCGUCAAUGACCAAUGACAUCCAAAAACAGUACGAUAGGCAUGAUGAUGUCCAAUCGAUAAUGCUUCGCAUGAGCCAAGUUUAUGUGGUUUUGGUCCGGCAUAUUAGAUAUGCUGUGUCAAAAGCAUUUUUCGGUGCCAAUAUGAUUGAAUGGUCUUCUGUACAGGAGCAUGGGGUUAAGAUUCUAUCCCUUGUAGAGAAGCUCAAAGACCUCAAAGCUGAUCUUGAAAAAAAAUCGUAUAUUGACGAGAUCCUUCAGUCUCUUCCUCCCUCGAAAUUGUUCGAAAAAUGA